CCAAAUAGUUGUAAUUUAUUCACAAUCUCAGAGUACCCCAGAUUAUCUCAUCAAUGUCGAUUAGCGUCCUUUGAGUAUCCUGAACGCCAAACGGAUAACUAUGGAUCUCCGACCCGCCUGUCCAGCGAGCCGUGAUGGCUUCGAGAUUGCUAUUAUCUGUGCCCUCCCCCUCGAAGCCGAUGCCGUCGAAGCCCUUUUCGACCAUUUUUGGGAUGACGACGGCAUUCUAUUCGACAAAGCUGCUGUUGAUCCUAAUACCUAUUCCACUGGCACCAUCGGCCGCCACAACGUUGUGCUUGCAUGCUUACCAGGCAUGGGAAAAGUGAAUGCUGCGAUGGUAGCUAAUAACUGCCGCGUAAGCUUCCCUAACAUUAAGCUUGGCCUAGUGGUAGGCAUCGCUGGAGUUGUGCCAUUUGGCCCAGACGGCCAGGAGAUUAUUCUCGGCGAUGUGAUCAUUAGCGAUGCGAUUAUCCAAUAUGACUUUGGUCGACAGUUACCAGAGCGGUUUGCGCGCAAAGAUACGCUUUUAGAUUCACUUGGGCGGCCGAAUACGGAGAUACGAACGUUUCUAGCCAGUCUGAAAAGACUUCGACGCCUCAAAUCUUUAGGCAGUGAUAUAGCCGAGCAUCUUGCUACACUUCGAAAAGAAUCUCAACUUGCCGCUACCUAUCCCGGCGUUGAGCAUGACAAACUUUUUGAACCAAGAUAUCGCCAUCUUGGGGAUAAAGACACAUGUGACAAGGCGGGCUGUAAUGGCAAGCUAGUUCCGCGCCACCGUCUACAGGCAAGCCCUGACUUAUCGCCGACCCCGGCUAUCCAUUUUGGUUUGAUCGCAUGUGGUGACACGGUUAUGAAGUCGGGGGAGGAUCGCGAUGUAGUGGCGGUUGCUGAAAGUGUGAUCGCAUUUGAGAUGGAGGGAACAGGCGUGUGGGAUGUGCUGCCGUGUGUUGUAAUCAAAGGCGGCUGUGACUAUGCGGAUAGCCACAAGAAUAAGAAGUGGCAGCGAUAUGCAGCAGCAACAGCGGCGGCAUGUAUGAAGGCAUUUUUGAAGACGUGGGUGCCAUCGGCAACAAAGCAGCCAUCAACCGAAACUAGCUGCCCGAUUGCAAAGCCCCGUACCUUCUUCGUGCCGUUCGCGAAUAAUGAAGACUUUGUUGGCCGUGACGAUAGCAUCCGACUCCUCAUGGACCUGACAUUGGCCGAGACAAAUACAAAACAACGCAUGGCAUUGUUUGGGAUGGGUGGUGUGGGAAAAACGCAAAUCUUGCUCAAGAUUACCUACCUGAUGAAGGAUCAAGAUCCGGAGCGAAAUAUCUUCUGGCUACCUGCGCACAGCAUGGUGGGCUUUGAGCAGGCAUGCGCAGGGUGUGUUGAGAAAUUAAAGCUUGCCAGACCCGACAACGACGACCCUAAAGAAGUCCUUCGUCGAUACUUGAGCAGCGACGAUGCUGGCCAAUGGCUUCUCAUUUUGGACAAUGCAGACGAUGAAGAUAUUCUGCAGGGAUAUGACGAUACGACAGGCAUAUACGCAUACUUACCGCGCAGCCUGCAUGGCCAAAUUUUAAUUACAACGCGGUCGCGGAAAAUUGCGGUUGACUUCGCAAAGAAAAACAUCAUUCAAAUCACAGAGAUGGAACACAAUGACGCAAAGAACUUGAUGCUUUCGUCAUUGUUAUGCGAAGAUUAUAUCCAAAAUAAGGACGACCUGCACGAGCUGCUUGGACUGUUGACGAAUUUGCCAUUGGCAAUCACACAAGCCGCAGCUUAUAUGAACAUGCUUGACAUAUCUGUUGAAGAGUACCUCGUACUAUCUCGUCAAGAAAUGAUGGAUUUGAUGCGCAACCGGCAUGAAGACGAUAACUUUCACGACGAGAGUCAAUACGCGGUCGCCACGACGUGGCUUAUUUCCUUUAAGCAACUGGAGAAGCAGAGUUCCGCUGCGACACGACUGCUUCGUUUCAUGAUAUGGAUACAACCGCAGGCAAUUCCUAUGUCAAUAUUGCCUGAUGUAGGAUCUGAAGGAAAUCUCAUCAAGGCAAUUGGGCUGCUCAAGAGUUAUGGGUUUGUUAGAGCCAGACCAGAACGCGGGAUGUUUGACAUCCAUAGCCUAGUGCAUAUGGUUAUGCGGUCAUGGACAGUUGAGCAAGGUAUUGAUGCCGAAAUAAAGACGGAUGCAAUAAAUCAUCUGAGUGGCAUUUUUCAAUCUGAUGACUGGGAUGUUCGGGAAACCUGGCGAGCUCAACUGCCUCAUAUACUUCAUAUAUUAAAUAAUUUUCGGGAAACAGAUCCUUCCACGGUGUUAGAGUUAGGCUACUGGGCGGGAAGAUGUUUAUAUAAAGAUGGCCAGAUCAAAGAAGCGGCUACAUUACUAGAGCAUGUUGUCAAGAUUCGAGAGACAACGCUGGCCGAAGACCAUCCCUCACGACUAGCAUCGCAACAUGAACUUGCAAGAGCAUACAAGAGUAAUGGCCAGAUCAAAGAAGCGGUGGCAUUACUAGAGCAUGUUGUCAAGAUUCAAGAGAUAACGCUAGCCGAAGACCAUCCUAAUCGUAUUCGCUCAGAGACGCAUCUCUUAGACGUUCUUGAACAAGUUUAUUCCUAA